AUGGCGACCUCAUCAACCGAACAAAGAGAGCUUGACCUUGUGGAAAAGGUGGAUUUUCGCAUUCUCGCCGUGGCCAACAACGAAGAGAAGCUACAGCAGCUUCUCAAAACAUUCCUGCCACCCUUACUCCUGAAAGCCGGCAGCGACUAUGCUUCAGUCCGCAACAAGGUCGUUCAAGUAUGCCAGAGGCUUACCACUUUCAUCAAACAACCCAGCAUUGUACUCCCCGUUGCCGCUCUGCUUGACCAAUACAAGGCCACAGGGUCACAACUUAUCAAGCACUUCGAUCUCGUCUUCAUUCAGCACAGUAUCGUCAGACUAGGUCUGGUAGAACGUCGAGAGCUCAUCCCCAAGAUCCUCCCUGGGAUCGGUUCGGAUGUGAGCGCUUCGAGAGCCGGCUUGUUCAACGUCCUCCUCCGUUGUCUUCAUGACUUCAAGCUGCCGCCCAGGGGAAGCAAGGAGGAUGAAACGCUCCGGGAACAAAUAGGCCUCCAGGAUCCCAAAGACGCCCAGUUUGUCGCCGACUGGUUGGGAAAGCUGCUAUUGUUGCGUAUAGCUGCACAAGGCUCUGCGAUUUCCCCUGGGCUGGCCCAGUCGGAUCUCCCUUUUCUCACACUGAACAAACCCGAGACUUGGAAUCCUGCCGAGUCCGGUCUCAGCUUACCCGAGACGCGAAUUCAGGCCGUCAACUUUCUCGCCAGCGGUGCUUUCACGGAUCAAGAACGUUUCCUCCCGGCCAUCUAUGCUGCCUCGAGCUCCGAUUUCCGCCUCGCCGGUGUUGGAGAUGAUAUGCUCAAGAGAAGCAAAGUGUCGCUAGAAGACCGAGAGAUUGUUCGCCAGCUCUUUGAGGCUCACUCAAGACUACCAGCUCGGUACAGGAUACGUAUUCUUGGUCUGCUGAGCAAGUCGGAAAUAUCAACUACCUUCACCGACGAGAUCCUAGCAGCUUUCCGUCUAGAUGUGGCCACGCAAAGAGAGAGUCCAGAUGCUAUGCAAGUCGACGGCCCUUCAUCGUCUUCUUCAUCGUCCGGGCUUGAACUUACCAAGGUACAUCGGGCCUUGUUUGAGUUCAUUAACUGGGUCGCUCGCAUAGGUGCCAGCAAACCGGAAUUCUCCAAAAUCAGGACCUUGCUUGUUACACUACUCCGGGAGUUCGUUGAGGCACAGGGAUGGCCUAAGCCUGAACGCCAGUCUCUUGAUGACAACACACUUCGCUCCAGGGCCUACGAGACUAUUGGCGUCCUUGCGAAGGGCACGGCCAUGUCCGACACAGAGCGCAUGGUUUUGGCCCAAUGGCUGUUUAAAUCGCUUUGCGAAGAUCCCACUGCGGACGUCGUUGUCAACAUUGACGCCGCUCUCUCCAGUCUUGCCGCAAACUUCAAACCACCUCACAACCCCGACCUGUCUGAACAGCUUCACGCUCUGAUCCUGGAAUCCAUGGUCAAGACGGAAGAAGGCAACAUUGUUCGGAGCUCUCGACACGCUGCAACAAAAUGGGCGAACCAAUGCUUGCCAUUUUCCGACAUAUACGCACGAUGGGUUGAUAUCCUUGCAGUAGCUGGUCGGCGGGAUGAGCGGAGUGACGUCGUUGAAGAGGGUCAAAAGGGCUUAGACCCCUGGACGUACUACGCCAACGAGGAGAAAUCCCGAACGCUGCCGGCCUGGCACGACAUGGUGGUUACCUUCUUCACAAAGACCAUAUCAUACGGUGGCAAACCCGGUGCUGAUAUGGAUAUCGAUGAGGGAUCAUCCUUUACCAACUUCCCAGGACAGUGCAUUCGAGCCUUUCCUGUUGCUGUCGAUUAUUGCAAGCGGAUUCUCUUCCUCACUGCAUUAGAAGACUUCACCAUUGAACCGGGCUGGGAACGUCAGUUGAGUGCAACCGUACACUCUGAUCUCAAGACCCGGCGUGCGAUCCGUGAUUACCUGGCCUCCAGCGAGCAUAGUGAAGCCAUCUUCUGCCUCCUCCGUUCGGCCUUUGACGGCAUGCUCUUAGAGGAUACCGAGAUUGCAGUUGGUUGUGCACGUUCUUUCGUAGAACUUGCUUCCUUCACUCCGAGCAAGAUCCUCGCACCAUUGGUUCCUCGUGCCGUGGAAUUGAUGUCGCUCAUUACUUCCAACAAGCGGGAGAUCCGCCCACUUGCAUGCUCGGCAUUUGGUAUCCUCGCCGCGCAUCCGGCUAACAGCUCGGAAUCUAUCAACAUGUUCAAGGGUACCUUGGCUGACAUAGCCAAGAACCUCAAGACAGCCGUUGGGUCGGAGCUCAAUGCGGUCGAAGGAGCGUUCAACGCACUUGCACAUCUCAUCUCCAGAUCGGUGUACUACUCUACAGACAAGGACAACAACGUCAGCAGUGAUCCUGGCAACGUGUUUCCCACGCUUGAUUCGGUAUCCUCCAGCACGCUUUCAACCCAGGAGGCUAUGAUCGAGGCCUAUAGCCAGCUCUGGACGGCGGGUAUCUGCGUACUUCCUGGGGCGGACAAGGAUACGAUUUCCAAGGCCUUCGUGGAUCCCCUGGUUCUCCUUGCCAAAAAGGGCAAUGAAAAGGCUAUCACCGCUCUCGGGCGACUCGCAAUGCCUUUACCUUCUGCGGAAGCAUCAUCUAGUGAAGAGAGCAGCGAUCUUGUUGCCCUCAUACUCGAGAAGCUAUUUGCUCUCUACGAGCUCAGACAGGCGGAGGUCCAUUUCACGGUUGGCGAAGCUAUUACCGCCGCCAUUGCCUGCUGGGAUUCUGAGGUCGUCCAGCUUACGCUGGACGUUGAGGCCAGAGGCGAUUCAUACCACAUUCCCAAGCGAUCUAAUCGGAUUACCGCGGUGUUGGAGAAGCUGCUCGCCGACUGCAAGAAUACCAAGCCAUCUCUGCUCAAGGCCUCCGGUAUUUGGCUCUUUUGCAUCAUCCAGUACUGUGCUCAUCUUGAAGAGGUUCAGUCUAGACUACGCGAAUGUCAGGUAGCGUUCAUGCGCUUGCUCAGUGCUCGCGAUGAACUGGUCCAGGAGACUGCAUCCAGAGGUCUCUCGCUCGUAUACGAGAAGGGAGAUUCGGCGCUCAAAGGUGACCUUGUACGCGAUCUUGUGUCAUCAUUCACGGGAUCCGGUCCGCAGCUCAAAGUGGAUGAAGAAACAGAACUCUUCGAGGCCGGUGCGCUCCCGACUGGCGACGGCAAGUCCGUUACCUCGUACAAAGACAUUGUUAGCCUUGCGAAUGAGGUGGGCGAUCAAAGUCUUGUCUACAAGUUCAUGUCAUUGGCAACGAACGCUGCCACUUGGUCCACCCGAUCCGCCUUUGGUCGUUUCGGACUGAGCAACAUUCUUUCCGAGUCAGAGGUCGACCCAAAACUGUACCCGAAGCUGUAUCGGUACCGGUUUGACCCCAACCCGAACGUGCAAAAGUCCAUGAAUGAUAUUUGGAAGGCUCUAGUCAAGGAUUCCAAUGCCGUUAUUGAGGCUAACUUCGAUGCUAUUAUGAAGGACUUGCUCAAGUGUAUCCUUGGCAAGGAAUGGAGAGUUCGCGAGGCGAGCUGUGCUGCCAUCUCCGACCUGGUCGCCGGACGGCCUUUUCAAAAGUACGAGCAGUACUACAAGGACAUCUGGAUGGCGGCCUUGAAGGUCCUCGAUGAUGUUAAGGGUACUGUGAGAAAUGCUGCCUUGCACCUUUGUAUUGCUCUUUCAACAACACUGGUCCGCCAGUUGGAAGAGUCAGGCAACACUGCGUCUGCUAGAGCCAUGAUGAACGAGGCCUUGCCAUUCUUACUUUCGGACAAAGGAAUCGAGAGUGGAGUGAAGGAAGUCAAGUACUUUGCUACCCACACAGUCAUCAAGAUCUGCAAGAAGGGUGGAAAGGCACUCAACCCUUACAUCGCCACGAUAGUCUCAAAUCUCCUCGGAAGCCUUAGUACGCUUGAGGCUGAUAUUGUCAACUACUACUACCAACGAGCUGGAGAAGACGACAGAGACAAGAUCGAUAAAUUCCGGAGCUCAGCGGUCUCUCAGAGCCCGGUCACUGAGGCAAUCGAGAGCAGUCUCAGGACAGUUGACGCCGACGUCAUGGUGGAACUAGCGCCGGCCCUCGAAGAGGCCAUCAAAACAGCCAUUGGUAUGCCUACAAAGAUCGGCUGCAGUCGCGUUCUAUCUACUCUGGCAACUCGACAUACCGUAGACUUCAAGCCGUACUCAGCCCGAUUCCUGCAACUCAUGGAGAAGCAGGUGCUGGAUCGAAACGACGAGGUCAGCCAGGGUUAUGCGCGUGCUGCAGCGUACAUUAUCCGCGGCUGUCCAGACGAGGCAAAGCUACGCUUCUCGGAUAGGGUUUUGGAGCUCUACCUUGAGUCGGAGGACGAGGCUAGGCGUCAGAAGGUUGCAGAUGCCGUCCUGGCCCUUUCGAAAAUUUCGCCCGACCAUUUCAAUGCGCUCGAGGGCAAGCUUUUGCCUUUUGCGUACCUCGGAAAGCACGACACCGACGACUAUGUCCGGAAAGAAUUUGAGGAAGUCUGGGAUAAGCACGCCGGAAGCAGCCUUAGCGUUGCUAGAUACGUGUCCGAGAUCGUCGAGCUUGUUCAACAGUCACUGAAUACGGCACAGUGGGCACUAAAGCAUGCUGGCGCCCUGGCUAUUGCGUCUGCUGUCGCAGGCAUCACCAAGGCCAGCGAUGUCACUGGACAAGUCAACGUUGAGAACCUCAAGACCUUGUGGCCCGUCUAUGAGAAGGCAUUGGCCCUCAAGACGUUCCCAGGAAAAGAAAAGCUCCUCGAGCCGUUUCCUGACUUUGUCAGUAAAAGCAAGGUGAUCUGGCAGAAAGACGCCUCUUUCGGGGAACAACUAAAGAAAAUCGCCGUUCGCGAGGCCAAGAGAAACAACAACGAAUACCGGCCCCAUGCGUUCCGCUGCCUGUGGAAGUUCGCAGCUGCAAGAGACGACUUGACGAUGCUACCGACCAUCUCGGAGAUCGUGACGCCCUAUUUGGACAUGACGGCGGACGAGGACGCCAUGGAUGUCGACGAUAAGGCGAGUACCAACAACAAGGCGAGAGGUCUGGAUCCGAAGAGUCAGACGGCGUGGGCGGCUAUGGAAGCUGUGGCGAAGGGGUACAAUCGUGCAAAAAUGCAGGAGGAUGCGAUGGGACAGUUGAAGGAGAUUGCGCUUGCGCUGGAGGAAAACGCAAAGAAGCCGGGUUUCAAGAAGCCGUACAUUGGCCAGGCUCCGUUCGAUGCCAUCAGGAGGGUGUUUUGGUAUGAAUGCGUGUUGGAGUUGCUUGAGGCAGCUAUCAAGGGUGGAGAGGAUGGAGCUGGAUCUCCAGAUCCCCAGGUUCUUGAAUGGUAUUUGGCGACCUUGGAUCUUGACAAGGCUGAUACUGGAACGGAAGACCAGAGGCUGCUGAGGGCCAAGGCUACCAUGGCGGCUGUGGCGAUGGGGAAGCUCCCCAAGCAUGCGAGUGGUGAUGCCUUGUCGGGAGUCAAGGAAAAGGUUGUGAAGGCGUUGGCUGAGGAGCGUUCGUCGGAGGUGCAGCUGAAGUGGAAGGCGUGUUUGGCUCUGCUUGAUUAGGACUUUGUGUGACAACGCCCUAGUGUCAAAUUCGUAGGAAUGCAGGAAGGGACUGCCGGUAUAUAGCAGACAUCAUAAUGGGAACAUACCUCUAGGCUCG